UAGUCCUCUCUCUUUCUCUCUCUUCUUAGCUUAUUAAAGCUUAGUUGAUCAGAACAACGUCCUCUUCGCUUUGAUCUUCAAAAUUCUUUCUGUGGAAGACCAAAGAAUCGAAUCAGGAAUUGGAAUACAGAGUGAGAGGAAUUGUGGUUUGGUCCCUCUCACCCUUUAAUUUUCUCUUUUCCUCUCUCUCUUUCUCUCACUUACUCAACUCAACUCAAACUCAGUUAGCUUCUUUAACAGGAAUUUCAAAGCCAGAGAAAGAAAUUAAGAAAAAAAAAAAAAGGCAAAGAAAACUCUGUAGUAUACUAUAUGUUACUUUCUUUGUUUUUUUAUAUAUAAAUAUUUUAAUACAUAGUAGAAUAAGAGUGAAAAGGGUCUUUUUUUUUUUUUCUUCAAGAGCUAGCUAGCGCAGUGAUUUAUAUAUGUGUACAACUUAUAUAUAUUUUGCUGCUUUUGAGGUCUCGCCGUCUUUGGUUUUGGCAUAGCCUUUAGCUGUCUGAGCAGAUUGGUGGCGCAUUAAAGUGGGUCUUUUACGGAGCUAUUAGUGUAGUCUUUUUUGGUUUUUUGACAUGGCUAAGGAGAUCCGUAGCUGAAGAUUUUGUGGACAAUUAUUUCAGAAGCAUUUAAGGCUUUCUCUUUCUUUUUCUCUCAUUCUGUGGAAAUGGAUAUUUCUUAUUAAUCCAAAAUCCACUCUGCUUCUGUGUCUUGUCCGUUGCUUUUUUCCUUCCAACUCUGUACUGGGAUUUUGGUUUUUUCCAAGGGUUGGGAAAAGAAAAAAAAAAAAAAAGGUGAUAAAUCAAAAUCAAAGCUGAGAGAACACGAUCAUUUCGUUUGGAAGGGAGUGAGAGAUUGAUCGAUCUUCGUUUUCUUGGCUAUCUUUUCCGAAGAAAGUGACAUCUCAGAACAAGAUCUACAAGGAAAUAGACGUUGGCUUUUAGAGAAAAACGAAGACAAUGUUGCCUCAGAAACAAGCAGAAGAAGCAAUAGUCUCCAACUUCAGCGAGCAAACAGACCACGAAGGCAAAGAAGAAGAUAAAGAUGGAGAACAACAACACUCUGGUUUCAGUGUCAAAAGCUUCCUCUGGCAUGGUGGCUCUGCUUGGGACGCUUGGUUCAGUUGUGCUUCCAAUCAGGUUGCCCAAGUCUUGUUAACACUUCCAUACUCAUUCUCUCAAUUGGGUAUGCUGUCCGGGAUAAUCUUUCAGAUAUUUUAUGGUCUUCUCGGAAGCUGGACGGCCUAUCUCAUCAGUGUACUCUAUAUAGAGUAUAGAAGCCGGAAAGAGAAAGAAAAUGUUAGCUUCAAGAACCACGUCAUACAGUGGUUUGAAGUCCUUGAUGGGUUACUGGGUCCUUAUUGGAAAGCAGUGGGGCUUGCUUUCAACUGUACUUUCCUCCUCUUUGGAUCUGUCAUUCAGCUUAUAGCUUGUGCAAGUAAUAUUUACUAUAUCGAUGACCGUUUGGACAAGAGAACCUGGACCUAUAUUUUUGGAGCUUGCUGUGCCACAACAGUGUUCAUUCCUUCUUUCCACAACUAUAGGAUUUGGUCUUUCCUUGGUCUUGGGAUGACCACCUAUACGGCUUGGUACCUGACUGUAGCUGCUCUUGUUCAUGGCCAGGUUGAGGGAGUUACUCACUCGGCUCCAACAAAGCUUGUUCUUUAUUUCACGGGAGCUACCAAUAUCCUCUACACCUUUGGUGGCCACGCCGUUACUGUGGAAAUCAUGCACGCUAUGUGGAAGCCACAGAAAUUCAAGUACAUAUAUUUGAUAGCGACACUCUACGUUUUCACACUGACGCUCCCAUCCGCCUCCGCCGUUUACUGGGCUUUUGGCGAUCAGCUUCUCGACCAUUCAAACGCCUUCUCUCUCCUCCCCAAGUCUCGUUUCCGUGACGCUGCCGUUAUCCUAAUGCUCAUUCACCAGUUUAUAACAUUUGGGUUUGCAUGUACGCCGCUGUACUUUGUUUGGGAGAAGGUGAUAGGAAUGCAUGAUACAAAAAGCAUAUUUUUGAGGGCAUUAGCGAGAUUACCAGUUGUAAUACCAAUAUGGUUUUUGGCCAUAAUUUUCCCUUUCUUUGGUCCCAUUAACUCUACUGUUGGUGCUCUCCUGGUUAGCUUCACCGUCUAUAUCAUCCCUGCUUUAGCCCAUAUGCUCACCUACAGAAAAGCCUCCGCCAGACAGAAUGCGGCAGAGAAACCUCCAUUCUUUUUACCAAGCUGGACAGCAGUGUAUGCGUUGAAUGCGUUUGUGAUAGUGUGGGUACUUGUGGUAGGGUUUGGGUUCGGUGGAUGGGCCAGUGUGACCAACUUCGUUAGGCAAGUUGAUACAUUUGGGUUGUUUGCUAAGUGCUAUCAAUGCAAGUCUCCAAAACCACCGCCACCGGUAGCGGCACCUCCCCAUCACUAAAAAAAAAAAAAAAAAAAAAAAUAA